AUGGACAAAUACGAAGACUUGGGCCUUGAGGCCAGUAAAUUUAUCGAGGACCUCAAUAUGUACGAGGCCUCCAAGGAUGGCCUGUUUCGAGUGGACAAGGGAGCGGGCAACAACCCUGAGUUUGAGGAGACCAGGAGGGUGUUUGCCACCAAGAUGGCUAAGAUCCAUCUUCAGAAGCAGCAGCAGUUGCUGCAAGAGGAUCUACUACAGGGGAGUAGUGGCUCCCUCAACGGAGGGGGGCGGCUAGCCCCCCAGAUCCCACCUGCAGGAUCCUUCACCCACCGGGAGCCAGGGGGGAGCAGUAAGCUAUCCCUGGGGGAUGGCGCUGCCAAACCCCCUCUUGCAGCACCUUCCUUGGCAUCUGGGGCUGGGCCAGUAACACCAGGCCCCGUGAGUCAGCUGGCUUUUCAAAACCAGUCCCACUCAUCUCUGCCACAGGGUCAGCGGGCCAGACUGCAUCCUGAGGGCCAGAAGAGAGUCAGCCAGGACUUUAGUUAUGGAAAUGGUACAGGGAAUCCUUCAGGAUCUGGUUUGCAGGGGCUGGAUUCCCGGGGAACCAGCGGCCCUUCUCAGGGGGCAUUUUCUUCUCUUUCUCAUGGAGAUUACUAUGACAACUAUCCUGGGCAGAAGUGGGGAGAGGAACCCAGCCAGUUCCCCAGCGUCAGACCAAGCGUGGGGAGCUCUUGGCCAGCUUCCAAAAGCCCAACUGACGCUCAUCUGUACCAGUGCCAGCCAUCUCCAAAUUCCUGCAGGUCUUUUGAGAGUGGAUACAGUAGCCAGGAUGGCGGCGGAGGUGAGGGCCACCAGCUCAGCCGGGACUCUGAGCAGAAGCCCACCGGCCAACAGCGGUCAUCGUCCUUUUCCCACACACUCAAUUCCAGAGCUCCUCCCCCACCCCCAGAAAUAGUGACCCCCUUGGCUCUGCCACAGCAGAGGUCAUCUUCAUUCUCAGCACCAUCCACCCUAGCUGCUUCAGGUACUUCACUCCAGGGAGAUCCAGCCAAAAGAAGUGCUGGCGGGGAAAGGGAUCUUCCUGGUGGCGUGAUCAAACCAACUGGGGACUCUCAGCUCUGGUACCAGGGGAGCCCCAAAUCUUACAUUUCAAGUUCAGUCCCUGCCCCAUUGCCAACCAGCAUUGACUAUCAGCCUUCUGCGGUUGCGUACCCAAAGUCUGUCGACCAUUUAGUCCCUCACUGCCAGACUCCCCAGCCCAAUUGCAGGGACUCUGGCACGAAUCCCAAGCUGAGUUUCCCCAACCUGUCUUCGGGGCCAAUGUCUGAUGCUCCUGGGCCUGUUUUUAGAGAGGGGCCUAAUAGCUUGCCACCUGAUAGUAGCCAAGGGAGUGUCCAUCCAGAGAACUCCAGCCCCACCAAAGUAAAAUUACCCUGUCAGACCCUCCUUCCACUCCCAGAGCAAGGGUUGUCUGCAGUCGAAUUAAAAUUAGAAGCACUCACCCAGCGUCUGGAGCAGGAGAUGGAUAUUCAUCCAAAGGCUGAUUAUUUUGGAGCAUGUGUGAAAUGCAAUAAGGGUGUCUUCGGAGCCAACCAGGCCUGCCAGGCAAUGGGGAACCUCUACCAUGACAGCUGCUUCACCUGUGGGGCUUGCAGUCGGAAGCUGAGGGGGAAAGCCUUUUAUUUUGUCAAUGGCAAAGUAUUCUGUGAAGAAGACUUCCUGUAUUCUGGUUUCCAGCAAUCUGCCGACAGGUGUUUUGUAUGUGGACACCUGAUAAUGGAUAUGAUCCUGCAGGCUCUGGGAAAGUCGUAUCACCCUGGCUGUUUCCGCUGUGUGAUCUGUAACGAGUGUCUCGAUGGGGUGCCAUUCACCGUGGACAUGGAGAACAAGAUCUACUGUGUCCGAGAUUACCACAAGGUAUUGGCGCCCAAGUGUGCGGCGUGUGGACUCCCUAUUCUUCCAUCUGAGGGCUCUGAUGAAACCAUCCGUGUUGUGUCAAUGGACAAAGAUUAUCACGUGGAGUGUUAUCACUGCGAGGAUUGUGGAAUGGAACUCAACGAUGAAGAUGGCCACCGAUGCUACCCUCUGGAAGAUCACUUGCUCUGCCACGCCUGCCAUCUGAAGCACAUUGAGAAGGGGGCCACCUCGGUGGCCACCCACCAGCAUCCCUAUUAGUCCAGCUUGGACAGAAGCAGUUUUGGUGCCGUUUCCCUGCAUCAGCUUCAGGGAAUGUUUAAUCAGCCAAUCGUGAUUCCAUUUUCAGAGACUGGGUUGUGUUUGGAUUUGGGGGAGAAGGGAGGGUGAUAAAGAAAACGGAUGCAUGUGUGUGUGUGUGUGUGUGUG